AUGCCGACCCCGUCAUCCAAUCCUCCUCCCGACCCUCACUCCCCUAGAUCCCACAGUUUCUCGACAUGUCCUGAAGACAGCAGUUCAAGAUCCCCACAACGCAGUUGGCGUCCGCCCACCGACUCAAACCAAGGCUCCGCCGUUAUGGAUGCCCAUCACGACCGCAUGGACGAGGACACCUCACCCGCUCCCGUCAGCGCCCCAAUGUCCCCGACCGAGGGUAUAAGCACAGAAGUCAUCCUCGAUGACGAGCCCACAUCCGCCGUAUCCUCAUCGAGGUCCACCACCAUGUCGCCGAGGCCGCAAUCCGGCGAAACCGCUCACUCGUCGCCUGCGGCCGACAUGGACUCUUUUAAGCACACCGAAUCGGAUGAGGAGGGACACUCGGCCGGUGACAGGCUACGGGCGUCUCGCACCGAUGGAUCGAGGAGGCAUGAUACCCGGCAAGCGCCUACGACACUAAAUGACCAGGGCAAGGGCAUGGCCAUUGACGCCGACGAGCUGUGGGAGGAGGAACUUAUGGCGCCGUCCAUGGGUUCAGACUACUCUAAUAUGCGGAUUAUACCAACAUCACCAUCGUCCUUCCUGCGGCCAGGAAGCAAAUUUCACGGCACACAGCAAUCCGAAAGACAGGUUUACGACGUCCAGGUUGAGAUCAAGCAUGUUGACCUAAGGGAGUCAUUCCUAUGCGGUUACCUGCGUAUCCAAGGUCUCACCGAAGACCACCCGACGCUGACUACAUACUUUGAGGGCGAGAUCAUCGGCACCAAGUACGGCUUCACCACAAAUCAUCAGAGCUGGGGCGCCACCGACAAGAUUGAUUUGAACCACUGGGCCAAGUUUAACGCAUUCCGCCCCUUCCAGAAGCAGGCGCGCAAGGGCCCCGUGGUGAUCCGCGAUAUUGCGCAGAGAGAGAAUAUUUUCAUGCGCUGGAAGGAGCAUUUUCUGGUUCCCGACCACCGCGUGCGCACCAUUUCUGGAGCCAGCUUCGAGGGCUUUUACUACAUCUGCUUCAACCAGGUCAAGGGUGAAGUGAGUGGAAUCUACUUCCACUCCAAGAGCGAAAAGUUUCAGCAGCUCGAGCUCAAGCACGUGGAGGACAGGGGCUGCUUCAGCGCCAUGGAAUUCAGAUAA